UUCUCACCUGUGUAUUUAGUGAAUUGGAUUUGAAAUUAAUUAGUAAAUUUCACUGCUGUUUUGUUUUCCUUCCCUGUUGAUCUGAAAAAUGGAACUGAACAAAAUUCUAAAAAAACAUUAUAGCUAUCAUUAUUCUUUGAUGGAGAUACUAGUCAGAUUCAUUUUCUCGCCCGAAAUUCAUGACGUUAUUUCUUGUGAAUUUCGUUUGUUUUUGUCUUGUACGUUUCUUGUGACAAACGAAGAUCCGUCAUAUUUGUUCGGGUUGAUGAAAUCGAACCGUAUUGAUGAUGAUAAACUUCAAAAUUUAAUAAAAAGGUUCAAAACAAAUUCGACUGAAAAUGCCAUGUCCAAUAUGAUCGUAUUGAACAAUUUGAUUGGAGAAAAAAUGGCGAAAAGAUUGGCGAAAAAUGCCAGUAUAUAUCAUUAUAAUAAUAAAUGCAAUUAUUAUUUUUUAUUAAUGGGAAAACAAUUACCAAUCAAUUUAUCAACCCAGCAAAUCAAACCGCAUCGAACCGAAUUGAAUAAUGAUUGGAAUGACAUACCACCAGAUUAUCGUUCACUGUUGAAUGCUGCUACACACGACAAUGAUGACAAUGAUGAUGAUGAUCCAUUGACAAGACAACUCGAAACAGAUCAAAAGCAAGAGAAACGAUUCUUGGGAUUGUAUGGCCGAUCAUCACCAUUAAAUCGUGCCGAUAUGCUUUAUUCACGGCAAUCUUCCGGUCGAAUCAUGUUUCGAUCUCAAAAUGAAUUUCCAUUCAUUCCGAUAAAAGAUAAUAAAGAUUGGCUAUCUCAGGCACAUCAACAUAUAUUUGGCGAUAAAGCCAAAUUUUUGGAAAAAAAUUUUCCCUAUCGAAUUGAUGAAUAUUUGGUUACAAUUUAUGAUAAUAUUCAAAAUACCAAUUUUGAAUCUAUCUUACGUCAAUGUUGUCCAUUGAACAACCGGACAGAUGAUAUUGUGGAGAUGCGUACCACAUUCAAACAAGUGAACAGUUUUUUAUAUGCAAUCUAUUAUCGGAUCAUUCCGAUCCAAGUGUUGGGUAGUAAAAAAAAUUAUCGUACAUUCUACCGAAUUCUGAAAGAACUGUUCACUUCGUGUCGAAUAACUAGAUUUCGUAUAUUCGACAUUAUAAAUGGUAUGGAAUUGGAUCAAAUGCAGCCAUUGUUGGAGGAUAUGUAUAUCAGUAUGAAUAUUUUUGUUCAACCCAACGAGAUUGACAUUCUCGUACUAUGUUGGUUGUUUCGUCUACUUAAACAAAUCGUACGAUCCAAAUUCUAUGUGACCGAAAGUCGUCAAAUGAAACAUAGACUUAUAUAUUAUCGUUAUGAUCUUUGGGCCAAACUUUGUAAUCAAACUAUUCGGUCCCAUUUUAAUGAAAAUCGUUGGUCGGUCGUGAGAAAAGAAAAUCUUAUACAAUGUAAAGAUUUAGAUGAUUACCUUAGAUAUUCUUCAUUACGUUUUAUACCGAAAUCCGGAGGACUGCGACCAAUCACACGACUUCGAUAUGCAAAACAACAUUCGAAUCUAAAUUUCCGUAAGCAAAUAUCAUCCAUCAUCGCUAUAUUAAGCUGUUUGAAUCGUAAUUUCGGCAACGAAUAUCUUCAAAAUCGAUCAUAUCUGGAUUUGUAUUGUCGAUUAAAAGAGAAGUUGAAUGGCCAGAAUGAUCGUUAUUAUAUAAUCCGUGGUGACUUUCAAAAGUGCUAUCCAUCAAUCAAUCUCAGUAAACUUAUGUCGAUCAUAUUGAUAGCUUUGGAUUCUAUAACCAAACAGUGGGUUUGUAAACGAAUUCAAAUUGGUAAAUACUUAUUACCGGCACAAUUGUUCAUGAAAAAUGUCUAUCUAAUCAGACAAAGAAAAAAUUAUCACCGUAAACAAGUGAAAACUGUUCUCUGCAACAUGGAAGAUGAUGGUUGUGGUUUGGAUGAAAAAUCUGUGAUCAAGCAACUUGGCUAUAAUCAGGUUCGCAAUUGCAUAAUUAAUGUUGAUGAUCGAUCCAUUGAUGGUUGUAAAAAAAUGGACACCAAAAAAAUUAUCUAUCUUUUACGGGCAUAUCUCUUCAAGACAAUCAUCAGUCUUGGUCGUCGAACUAGCUGUAGUUUUACUAAACAUGGUAUCCGACAAGGUAGUCCGCUUUCCACUGAAUUAUGUCAGAUUUAUUUGAAUUAUAUUUGGUCGUUGAUUUUUCGUCAAUCUUCAUCAUCCAAAUCAUCCAACAGUGAUAAUGACCUUUUUCUAUCGUUUGCCGAUGAUUUUCUCUUUUUAUCGACCGAUCUAAAAAGAGCUACAAAUUUUGUUAACAACUUGAAAACAAUAUCACCAGAUUAUAAUCUUAUUGUUAAUGAAGAUAAACUAACAAUGAAUUUCGAUAUGGAGGGAUUGAUAAAUGAUCACCAACAUUUUACAGUCAGAUUUUUGGGCAGAGAAUUUUCAUUGAUCAACCGACAACAGCAACUUGUCAUACGGAUCGAUUACACUGGUUUUGUUGAUCAAUGCAUAAUGGACUCAUUUGAUUGUAAUCGACUGGCUCCAUUAUUGAGACAAAUGAAAUUGUUGUUAACAAGUCUCUAUCUUCAUUGUUAUCCGGAAAUAUUUGAUUGCCAACUAAAUCCAUUAUCGGUCGUCAUUGAUAGUAUAUUUCAAAGAAUCUUAUUACAAGCUAUGAAAUUUGCAAGUCUCAUCACUAAAUGGCAGCCUUUGUCGAUAACCGCCAAGAAAAUGUAUUUUCCGUCCAUCAUUUGUCGAUUUAUUUACCAUUUGGCUAAACGUUUGUUUGAAAUAAUCAGAAGAUAUCGAGUGGAUUUUGUUCUAAGCGAAUGUCACAUUCAUUUGAUAGCUGCUGAAGCAUUUAGGAUUUUAUGGAAUACAAAACUACGACAUCGAUCAAAAACGGAACGAUUAUCAAUCGAAAAAUAUUGCCUAGUGUUACGACAAAAAUGCCUAACCGAGACAAUCAAUUUGGAUGAUGUUUAUUCGUUUGCUCGCAAAAUGCCCUACCCAUUUGAUCGAAUCGAAUUGAAUAGAUAAAUAAAAUAUAUUUUUAUUGAA